UAGCCUAAGGGUCUAAGGGUCUAAGGUAGCUCUUAUAAAAUAUCAGGUUAUGUACCCACGCGGCGUUAAUCGUCAGAUGUCGAAUGUCAUGUCACAUGUGUGCAAAUGCACAAAGUUUCUAUAAUAGAAUAUAUGCCAAUCAGCUGUUAUAAGUGAUAAGUGUAGCGUAAGUCUGCUAAACUUGAACGUAGAUGAUAAUGGAUACAUAUGUAAUAUAAUUCCGUAUAUUUUUAAAAAAGAAGGAUACAUACCUACACGCUUAUAAAUGCGUCAAGGAAUUCUUAUUUACACAAAGUAAAGGUUUCGUGCUCAGCAUUUUUGUCAAAUCAUUCUACAGCGGAAGAUAUUCUUCUUGAUUAGUAGCUGAUUUAAAGUUAAACGUGAUACAGAAAUGAAAACAAUGAAUUGAUUAUUUAUAUUUUUUAAUGGAAGAAAGAUAAACAAGAAACAAUUCAAAAUGAAUACCACAAUGACUUAUUGUCCUCCAAAUAUAACAUUUACCGAAAUCUGGGUAAACCAUGGCAUGUCAAAAUGUUUCAUGGAUACUAUUAAUACUGUUGCGAUUUCAUUGUAUCUGUUAAUUUUUGGUACAAUACAACUGUGGAUGUACCGUAAAUAUGGAACAGAAAAUUCUGCAUCUUCGUUACCCAAAAAUAAGCUUUACAUUCUACAGAAAGUUCUCUUAUACUUUGUUCCAAUACUUAGUGUACUGAGAAUAAUCUUCCAAGGUACAAUUUUAGAUGAUAAAAAGGUUUAUGGUUAUAUGAUUCUUACAACAGGUUUAACUGUAAUUGUAUAUCCAUACUCUGUGUACCUAUUAAAGAUAGAAAGGCAUAAGUUGCUACCCAGUGUGCCACCACGUGGUCAUGGUAUUGUUUUAUUAGGUUUCUGGACCUUGGCAUUUGUUGUUGAAAAUCUUGUUUUUGUUAAUAUUGAGAAACUCGAAUGGUGGUUUCAUCUUAACACAUUGACCGAUCAAAUUGAGAUGGCACUGUUUGUUCUGCGUUAUGUCAGCAAUUUGAUUAUCUUUGCCUUAGGACUCAAAGCCCCAGGACUAGCUGGUAACUUAGAACCAGAGUAUCGUACUUUACCAAAUGGUCCAACUACACGGCCACGAUAUUAUCAAGGUAGACCCGACGAUAACUCUUCUGCAUGGAAGAAUGCUUUGUAUAAGGUGAAAGUUUUAGCGCCGUUUCUAUGGCCUAAAAACAGCAUUAUGCUUCAACUGAGGGUUGUUUUUUGUUUUGCGCUACUUAUACUUGGACGUUUAAUCAAUUUAUAUGUUCCAAUUUAUAAUGGAAAGAUCGCGGACAGUAUUACUGGUCAUCCCAGAUCAUUCAGGUGGGAUUUCGUAUUAAUAUAUGUGGGAUUCAAAUUCUUACAAGGAGGAGGUACAGGUUCCAUGGGGGCACUUAAUAAUGCCAGAUCGUAUUUAUGGAUUCAAAUACAACAAUAUACUACUAGAGAAAUUGAAGUGGAGUUGUUCAGACAUUUACAUAGUCUGAGUUUACGCUGGCAUCUUGGGAGGAAAACCGGAGAAGUGUUGAAAGCUAUGGAUCGUGGAACGGACUCUAUAAACAAUCUUCUCAAUUACGUUCUCUUUUCUAUUGUACCGACAAUCGUUGACAUUAUCGUAGCCGUUGUGUUUUUCAUAAGCGCAUUUAACAAGUGGUUCGGAUUAAUCGUAUUUAUAACUAUGAGUCUCUAUAUAGCCGCAACAAUCAUGGUUACUGAGUGGCGUACUAAGUUCCAAAGGCGCAUGAAUCUAGCAGACAAUGCUCAGAGAGCACAAAGCGUUGACAGUCUACUCAAUUUCGAGACAGUUAAAUAUUAUGGAGCAGAAACGUAUGAAGUGGACAGCUUUAGGAAAGCGAUAAUAACGUUCCAAGCAGAGGAAUGGAAGUCGAUGAUUACGUUAAAUAUAUUAAAUACAUUACAAAAUAUAGUCGUUUGUAGUGGCCUGCUGGCUGGAUCUUUACUUUGUGUACACAUGGUUGUGACCGAUCAAGGUUUAACACUUGGUGAUUAUGUUUUGUUUACAACUUACAUCAUCCAACUUUACGUGCCAUUGAAUUGGUUUGGGACAUACUAUCGCGCAAUACAAAAGAAUUUCAUUGACAUGGAAAAUAUGUUUGAUCUCCUUCGAGAAGACCAGGAAAUAAUCGAUGCGCCAGGUGCAGGACCAUUGAUAGUAAAAAAUGGUCAAGUGGAGUUUUCGAAUGUGACUUUUGGUUACAGUCCCGAGAAAAUUAUUUUGAAGAAUGUUAGUUUCAUUGUUUCGGCAGGGAAAAGCGUUGCUUUAGUUGGACCAUCUGGAGCUGGUAAAUCGACUAUAGUACGAUUGUUGUUCAGGUUCUAUGAUAUAGAACAAGGCGCGAUAUUGAUCGACGGACAGAAUAUAAAAACGGUUAAGCAAGAUUCGUUACGACGGGCGAUAGGUGUUGUACCUCAAGACACAGUGUUAUUUAACAAUACUAUAAAGUAUAAUAUUCGAUACGGUCGUAUCGAGGCUGUAGAUGCGGAUGUAAUCGCGGCAGCUCAAAAUGCAGAUAUACACGAACGAAUUCUCUCGUUUCCAAAUGGUUACGAGACACAGGUUGGCGAAAGAGGUCUUCGCUUGAGCGGUGGAGAAAAGCAACGUAUUGCUAUCGCGCGAACAAUACUAAAAGAACCAGUAGUUGUACUUCUAGAUGAAGCAACAAGUGCACUCGACACCCAUACAGAGCGUAAUAUUCAAGCAGCGUUGAGUAGAGUGUGCUAUAAUCGAACAACUAUUAUCAUAGCGCACCGAUUGUCCACGAUAAUACAUGUCGAUGAAAUUCUUGUCUUGAAAGAUGGAGAAAUCGUAGAAAGAGGCAAACACGAAGAGCUUAUUUCACACAAUGGAAUGUAUUGUUCCAUGUGGCAAGCGCAGCUACAAAACGAUCAGGAUGCUACUAAAUCGUCGAAUGGCGAUGUUCAAUUGGAGGCCGACGCAUCAACAUCUUAGAGAAAAAGAAACAAAAAUUUCAAUCUUUAACUUAUAUUUCGUGAAAAGAGAAACCGCAAAGAGAAAUCGCGUGUAUGUUUUUCUAGAAAACAAUAAGAAUUUACCUUUGUUGUAGAGUAUUUUAUUGAAAAGCAAAUUAUGAAUUUUUAAAGCAGAGCAUUACUGUUCUGUUUAUUCUAUAUUUUCCUCACUUAUACGUGUAAGAAUAAAAAUGUGAUAAUAAUCAGUCUUACAGUCCUAAUUAGAGACUAGCAUGUUUUGCAUUAAUGUUUUUAAGAAUAAACGAAAUAUUUCAUAAUAAAAGUUUUACUUUUUCAUGGAA